AUGGGCGUGCCUCAAGGCUCAAUUCUCGGCCCCUUUCUGUUUCUUGUAUACAUUAAUGACUUACCUUACAUAGUAGGGGAUAACCAUGAUAUAGUAUUAUUUGCAGAUGACACUUCUUUAAUUUUCAAAUUAAGUCGACAAUUACUAAAAUAUGACGAAGUAAAUAAUGCUAUAUCUAAAUUAGUAAAUUGGUUCAAUGUUAAUAAUUUGCAUUUAAAUGGCACUAAAACGAAAUGUAUGAAAUUCAUGACUCCAAAUGUCAAGCAAUUAAAUACUAAUGUAAUUUUAAAUGGGGAGAAACUGAGUCUUGUAGAUACCACCAUUUUUCUUGGAAUCACACUAUACGCGAAGCUUCAAUGGAGCCCCCAUAUAUCAAAACUAGCAAGCAGACUUAGUUCUGCAGCAUAUGCUGUAAAAAAGAUUAGACGUCUAACCAGUGUUGAAACAGCUAGACUAGUAUACUUCAGCUAUUUCCAUAGCAUAAUGUCGUAUGGUAUUUUGCUAUGGGGACACGCAGCCGAUACUGAAAUUAUAUUUGUUUUACAGAAGAGGGCCAUAAGAGCAAUUUAUGAUUUAAAGCCUAAAGAGUCGCUGCGACAAAAAUUUAAGGAAAUUAAUAUAUUAACUUUGGCCUCUCAAUACAUUUAUGAAAAUGUAAUGUACGUACACAAAAAUAAAAGUAGUUUUACAAAAAUAAGUGAUAUUCAUUCUGUAAAUACUAGGAACAGACACAAGCUAGUAGUACCAGUUACUCGACUCCAUCGAGUCAGUAAUUCAUUCUUGGGGCGAUGUAUAUGCUUUUACAACAAAAUUCCCGAAAAUAUACAAAGUUUGACCUGCUCAAAGUUCAAAAACUUUAUUAAACUAAGUUUGUAUAAAAAGGGUUAUUAUAAUAUUAAGGAAUUUAUGGAUGAUAAUAACCCCUGGAAAUGA